GACAUGAAUUACGUGUGUGCAUAGUCGCAAUGCCUCUACCAAGCAUGCCGCGCGGCUCCACGGCGCUGCGAAGCGCUCGAGCAAGUGCAUUAUGCAGACAAUGCCGACCCAGCGCCGGUGCGGGCACAUUCAUGCAGAGGCGCUGGAAGUCGGGCGACCAAGAGAAGCCAUUCUACCUGCAGUUGAACGAGAGCAUCUUCGACCGUGUGCAGAAAGAAAAGGCCGAGCAGAUUCGCAUCCAGUCGCUGCAGCAAAGAACAGCCCGAGGCCAGUUCUUUGCCACCGUCUUCGCAUGCCUCCUCACAGCAGGCAUAGGCUACUACUAUGGCCAACUCAUACCAUCCAAGCCAGAUGCGAGCUCCACGGCAUCGCUCGACAAGUUCGUCCCCCCGAAGCACAACAUUUCCGAGGCGAAUAUGGAAGCGGCAUGGACAGACUUCCGCGACAUUGUAGGAAAGGAGAACAUUACACUCGACAGAUUCGAUCUCGAAUCCCAUAGCGGCUCCUCGUGGUCAUCCCAUCCAGCGCAGCCAGGCGACAUACCGUUUUGCGUGGUAAAGCCGGGAAGCACUCAGGAAGUCAGUGCCAUUAUGAAAAUCUGCCACGAGCGCAAAAUCCCAGUCACUCCCUACAGCGGAGGAACGAGUCUGGAGGGGCACUUUGCGGCAACAAAGGGUGGAAUCUGCAUCGACUUUAGUCGCAUGGACCGCAUUCUCAAGCUACACAAAGAAGAUCUGGAUGUGGUUGUACAGCCGGCUGUCGGAUGGGAACUCUUGAAUGAAGAGCUUGCCAAAGACGGUUUGUUUUUCCCACCCGACCCGGGCCCGGGCGCAAUGAUUGGCGGCAUGGUCGGCACAGGUUGCUCAGGCACAAACGCGUACCGCUACGGCACAAUGAAGGAUUGGGUCAUUUCGCUCACCGUGGUGCUGGCUGACGGAAAGAUCAUCAAGACGCGCCAACGGCCACGAAAGUCGUCUGCAGGCUAUGAUCUGACUCGCAUGUUUGUUGGAAGCGAGGGUACCCUGGGCCUCGUCACAGAAGCUACUCUCAAAAUCAUCCCCAAGCCGCAGCACACAAGUGUAGCCGUAUGUGCAUUCCCAACUGUCCGCGCGGCAGCAGAUUGCGUCUUCAAAGUCGUGGGCGGAGGCGUCCCCAUUGCAGCCAUUGAGAUUCUAGACGACGUGCAAAUGCAAUGCAUCAACGACGCAGGCCAAACCUCAAAGACAUGGAAGAACGCGCCCACGCUAUUUUUCAAAUUUGCCGGCACACAGAGCUCGGUCAAGGAACAAAUCAGCCAGGUCCAGGCGCUCGCCAAGAAAACCGGUUCCGUGAGCUUUGAAUUCGCAAAAUCAGAACAGGAAAAGGAGGAUCUGUGGCAGGCACGCAAAGAAGCCCUGUGGAGCGUCAUGGCCAAGACUGGCGGCGACCCCAACAUGGGUGUCUGGACAACAGACGUUGCAGUCCCCAUUUCCAAACUGCCGCAGAUCAUCGAAGAGUCCAAGGAAAAGAUUCGACAGAGCGGCCUCCUGGGCAGCAUAGUCGGUCAUGUUGGUGAUGGAAACUUCCACUCCAUCAUCCUCUACAACCGCCAGCAAGACUACGAAAAAGCCUCGCACCUCGUCCACGACAUGGUCAAGCGCGCCAUCGAGCUCGAGGGAACUGCCACAGGCGAACACGGCGUCGGCCUCGUCAAGCGCGACUACCUACCCCAUGAGCUGGGCCAGGACACCGUCGAUGCAAUGAGGCAGCUUAAAAAGGCAUUUGACCCCUUGUGUCUGCUCAACUGCGACAAGGUUGUGCGUGCAACGCUGCCGAAACAGGGCGAGGUGGCCGAGUGGUGAUGUAGUGUAGUGUAGAUAUGCGUUGUAAGCUAUGUGCAUGUAUCAAAGGCUUUGGAACGCGAUUAAAAUAUCAGUAUGAACGCUACGAACUGUUUUUC